AUGAGCUCGGACAUUGGGGCUAUGCAUACCGGUAGCUCCUUGCAAGGGGCAAGGCAAACCAAACAAGUACAUGGCCUACGGAAGAUUCUGACGGCAGUUGGAUUGGUAUUGGUUGUGGCCUUUGGCCGUCGAAUUCUUGUUGAGAGGGGAAGGGAUAUCAAGCUAACGGAAGGUGCUACUGAAACAAAUAAAUGGCAACUGGAAGAGGGCGACGAGACUGACGACAAAACAGAUGAGGAAUUGAUAAGACUUGAAUAUGAAGGUGUGCUGCCUUCGGAGUAUACUAGCUCACGGCCCAAACGACUUGGUCACAAGAGAAUUAGAGAACAACGGAAACGAGAUCUGCAGGUCCAUGCGAUAGCGUCACAACACGCCAGACAACACCAUCUGAACAUUUUCCGAAUGAACGGAAAGGGAGACUCUUACUCAGAAUCCUCGUCUAGAUCAGGCAAAGGAAAGGGGAAGGGUGAUUCCUCGUCUAGAUCCAGCAAGGGGAAGGGCGGAAAAGGGAAAGGAAUGCGAAUGGGUAGCAAAAGCAAAAGAAGCAAAGGCAAGGGCAAGGGUGACAACCAGCCCACUUUCUUCCCGACUUUCUUCCCGACAUUUUCUCCGACCUUCUUUCCCACUCUUUCUGUGUCACCAUCAACAAUCCCCUCUAGCAACCCUUCAGGACAACCGUCCCUUUCGUUACAACCUUCUGCUGUUCCAUCUUCGAAUCCUUCGGGACAGCCCAGUCUUUCCAAGGAACCCUCGCUGAAUCCAUCAUCAACGCCAUCCAUUCAACCAACUUUAUCAAAGAAUCCCUCUACUUCUCCUUCCGCUGUGCCUACUCGACAGCCGACCCCGCGACCAACUCCUCGGCCUACACCCCGACCAAUUCGCCGAUUUCCUUUCCCCUCUUCUUCUUCAUCGUCGUCGUCUAAAUCAUCAUCAAAGUCUUCCACCAGAAGAAGUCGGAGAGGCCGUAGCAAUCGUACUCGUCUGAGGCACCUUAUGACGUACAGCCGAGAACAAGGGCUGUACCGACUCGGGAAAGUGGAGUCCGGCAAAGACAGGUACUCCAGGGGUAGAUCGAAGUGA